UUCCGCCCUCAACUGGCUGGUUCACAGCAGAACCGAGCUCAAGGCGGGCGGAGUGGAUAACGGAAUCCUGCUCGUCUUUUCUUCACGGCAUCGAUCAAGUUUCUUAUGUUCCUGUUGCAACUGUUUCAUCAGUGUUUUCAAUUGGAGGCGUUUCUGCCUGGGAAGCAUGAAGAAGCGCCGAUUCGUUAAGCUAUUCUUGGUGGUGAUGGUUCUCCUAUUGUUCUCCUAUUACUUACUGUAUGACAAAAUUAAAUCUAGUGGUGAUUUUUACAGCAACAUGAGCUUGCUUCUGCAGUUUGUUGGAGUGAAGAAGCCUGAAGAUGAUCUUACCAUGUCCAAACACAAGAACCCUUUCUUGUGUUACUCAGACAUCAGCUAUAAAAGAUGGCCUGCUAAAGCAAUGACAGUUCCAGAAAUCCUGCCAUUUGGCAUGCUGGGCUCAGAAAGACAUUUCCAAGCAGCACUUAGUAACUUGAACAGCUGCGAUCUUCCAGAAAAACUGAAGAACAUAUCUUGUCUGAAUUGCGUUGUUGUUGGCAAUGGAGGAGUACUUCGAAACAAGACAUUAGGGAAAAAAAUUGACUCCUAUGAUGUUGUUAUAAGAUUAAAUACUGGCCCUGUGAUUGGAUACGAAGAUGAUGUUGGGAACAAAACAACAUUUAGGUUCUGUUACCCAGAAUCUGUCUUUUCCGACCCCAGACAGUAUGAUGCCGACACUACAUUGGUUUUUGUUCCCUUUAAGGCAAUAGACUUACGAUGGUUAAAUGAGGUGCUCUUAAAGCACAGAGUGUCCAUGCGGGGCUUCUGGAAAAAAACACCUAUGCAACUCAUCUACAAAAAUAGUCAGAUAAGGAUCUUAAAACCUUCCAUAGUCCACAAAGCAGCCUUUGAUUUACUAAAACUACCCACACUUGUGCCUAAGCUCAAGCCACCUCAAUAUCCAACAACUGGAAUUAUUGCCGUAUCUAUGGCACUUACGAUGUGUGAUAACGUUCACAUAGCUGGAUUUAAAUAUGAUGCAUAUAAUCCUAAUAGCACUUUGCAUUAUUAUGGCACUGAUACCAUGUCAGCCAUGAGCAAGAUGGUGUACCAUAAUGUUACUGCUGAACAAAUGCUUCUGAAGAGACUGAAAUCAUCUAAUACAAUUUUUGAUUUGACUGGAAAAUUUUGAAGUAAGCAAUCUUGUUGGAAUCAGUGCUGCUGUAUACUGUUGAGCACAGCUUCCCAUGCUGUCUGGAGUUCUACUUAUACUGGGGAAGCAAACCACUAAUUGUUGGACUGUUGAAAGAUUAAGCACAAGAGAAUAUAUAAAUCCUUUUGUGUGUGGAACAGUGAUGUGAGGAGCAGCACGAGUUAAAAUUGCUAUGUGGCAUUGCAAGCCACCUUCUAGGACUCUGACAAUAGGCAUCGGAAAGACUUUCUAUUGCCAGUGAUGGACCCUAGCUGAAAUGGGGUUUCAUCAUUAAAACCUCUCUCAGAAAAGAACUUCUUAAAAAUAAAAAAUGGAUUGACCUUAACAUCCCAUUUUGUCAUUUCUGUAGCUGGAAAAAUGCUUUGCCAGUGAUUGCUGAUUACAUCAUGGGAAGUGGUUUGGAUGGGGCCUGAAGAAGCUGAAUUUACAUACACCUGCACAGCACUGAAAUACAAUUAAUAUGCACUCAGCUUCUUUCGGAUGACAACAGCACCCUUGAAGCUAGUACCCCUGUGAUGCUACUUACAAUCACUUUAAAUUGUAAUAACUUAAUGUUCAAGUUGAUAAUUAUUCUAAUAGUUUAAAUUUUUUUAAAUGAUGAAAAUAUUUCAAGUAAAGGCUUUGGGCCUUCCUGAAGCUUUGUUAUAGUUCAUAGUUUGUUAUGGUGAAAUGGAAUUAUCUGUUCAGUUUUACUGCUAUGUUUCUGGUUGUGUCAUUUCAGUUUGGGCACAGUUACAUAACUUAUUUACCAAGAUGAUUUGAGAUUUACUCUGAUCUUUGUAAGAUCAUUUCAGUUUGUGGCAUGGAAGUUAGAAGCAUUAUCGCAGAAUUCCAGGACUGAAUUAUGUAGUUUGAAAAUAAUAGACUGUAUUUAUUGCUUCUUAAUAGUUCAAUGGAUGGAGUCAGUGCCUUCAAUUUGUAAUAGAAUGUUUGAGAAUAUGUGUUUAAAAAAAUAAAUUUAGCUGAAGUAA